CUCACAAAACAGCAUCUCUCUCAGCUAGACGGAAAACAGUGAUGCCAGAGAGACCAAAGCAUUAGACAAAAAGAGAAAGAUAUGAUUUUUUUAAUGGCCACACUUAGACAGCAUUGAAAUUACAUGGGGGUAAGAUAUACAAAGGACAAAAAGAGAGGACAUUUUAAUCCUCUUGGCAUGCGAGUGGAUCCCUGGCUGGUUGGCACUGUGUGCGGUGCUCACUCUGUGUGUAAGUGUGUGCUGCAGAGUUUGUCGGUGGUGUUGGGACGCUUUGGACUGGAAUGUAUCUGAGCUAACCCCAGGGGGCUUUCAGGAAGACUCUCAACAUGCUGGGCAAGGAUUACAUGCUCGCCAUCAUCAUCGUCAACUAUGACGAUAACAUCUGGAAUGAUCAGAGUCUGGAGCUGGACUCAGAUCUUCCUCCAGGAUGGCGCACUAUACGUGACAGCACUGGCACCUAUUAUUGGCACGUGCCCACGGGCACCACACAGUGGCAGCAUCCCUCAUACAGUGCAGAGGAGGAGCAAAACACCAUUAAUGGCAUCACCGCCAGCCAGAUCAAGACUGUUGCAGAUGGCAGACGUGAAUCAAGAAGCAGAUUGACUGAAAACACACAGCCCUCUCUGAGUGAAAGGGCCUUCUGGCAGGAAGAGUAUUUUUUUGCCAACAUGGACCCCGACUCCAAGUGUUUUGCUGUGCGCUCGCUGGGCUGGGUGGAGAUUCCGGAAGAGGAACUGACCCCUGGCAAGAGCAGUCUAGCAGUGAACAACUGCAUUCAGCAGCUCUCUCACAGUAAAGCAGAGGGCCGGGAUGCAGUGGGUGCCUGGGGAGAGGGUCAGGAUAUGAUGAUGGUACUCAAGAAGGACACUCUCAGCUUAAUGGACCCUGUGGACCACAGCCUCAUCCAUUGCCAACCCAUAAUCAACAUCCGUGUGUGGGGGGUGGGAUGCAACAAUGGAAGGGAUUUUGCCUUUGUGGCAAAUGACAAAGACACCUGCAUGCUCAAGUGCCACGUGUUCCGUUGCAACUCUCCAGCCAAAACCAUCGCAUCUGUCCUGCAUGAGAUGUGUUCCAAGAUCAUGGCUGAGAAAGCAGCCCUGCAUCCCUCCAUGGCCCGUUCUCAGACCAUGGAGAGCAUCUCCCCAGAGGACCUGCCCUGCCAAGUGGACUUCUUGGACACAGUGAGGCAGAAGGAACAGAAGUUCGAGGUGGAGUAUGUUGGAAACCUGCCUGUCUCCAGGGCAAUGGGAAUGGAGGUGUUGAACAGAGCAAUUGAGAGUAUAAUGCACUCCAGAGACAGAGAUGAGUGGGAGCCAAUAGUCAUCCGUUUGUCUGAUACAAUUCUGUCUUUAUGGAGAGGAGAGGAUGGAGAGGACCCAUUUUGGGAAUCUCAGGUACGUUACCUGACUUUCCUGGGUGUGGGUCAUGACACGCACACUUUUGCAGUUAUUGUGGACUCUGGAACCCAGGGCUUUGAGUGUCACGUGUUCUGGUGCGAGCCCGAUGCUGGAAUCAUCUCUGAGGCAGUUCAGGCUGCUUGCAUGGUUCAAUACCGGAAAUGUUUGGUUGCGCAGACUCCUCCUGUGAGGUCCAAAAUGUGGCGGGCAGGCUCCAAAGUCAAACGAGCCAACUCUAUGGAUGGCUCGAGCUUUCCUCCCAGGCACCAAGUACACACACCUACCAAACUGGCCUCUCCCAAUGUGAAGAAGGGAAUGCUGGCCUUUUUUGAGACAUUCCGCAAUAAACAUUCUGCUGUACCCACACCCUAACAACAGCAGCUGGGGAGGUG